GUUUUGCAGCAGUUUCUUGGUUUUGCAGUUUUUUCUCUGCAUCUUGUCUCUGCCGGUGCGCGACUGGAGGACCGUCCGACAGCUGCAGGUGAGAAGACCCAGAUUUCCAGAGGUGGCCUUGCAGAAAUGAUCCAGCUGGUCUGAAGAAGAUGGGGGGUAGACAAACACUAAACCCAGAUGGAUGUGUUCAGUCUGCUCUGAAAGCCAGAAAUGAAACUGAGAUGUGGAAACGCUGGCGAUGUGGAGUCCCAGACCAUUCCACAUUACUGCAGCCUGAUGUGUCACACUACGGUCUGCAGAGACGAGGCCUGAGCAGACAGCAGCGCAGGAAGAGAUUUGCUCUGUUUGGAGGACGAUGGGAGAAAAUUCACCUCACUUACAAGAUCAUGCGCUUCCCUCAGCAAAUGAGUGAAGACAAAGUUCGGCGGAUUUUCCAGGAAGCGUUCGGAGUGUGGAGUGCAGUCACUCCUCUGACAUUCAGAGAGGUCGUCAAUGAGAAAGCGGACAUCAUCAUUGACUUCACCAGGUACUGGCAUGGGGAUGACCUACCAUUUGAUGGUCCAGGAGGAAUUCUUGCCCACGCUUUCUUCCCCCGCACACACAGAGAAGGAGAAGUCCACUUUGACUAUGAUGAGAGCUGGUCAAUCGGCAACAGUGUAGGCACCGAUCUUCUCCAUGUGGCAGCUCAUGAGUUCGGCCAUGUCCUGGGUCUGCAACACUCCCUGGAGCCUGACGCUGUCAUGUGUCCGUUCUACAGUGAUGACUAUCCUCUACAGCUCAGUGAGGAUGACAAGAGGGGGAUUCAGUAUUUGUAUGGACCCCCUCAACACACACGACCUGAGAUCACUGAGACCAAUGAGAUCAGUACUGAAGUGCCGGAUGCCUGCAGGACAAAUUUUGAUGCUGUGUCCAUGAUCAGGGGAGAGCUUUUCUUCUUUAAGUCUCAGUAUGUUUGGCGUAUCCGUGAUGGGCAGCUUGAAGCAGGCUAUCCAGCUUUGUCUUCACGCCACUGGAGAGGUAUUCCUGAUCACAUUGAUGCUGCAUAUGAAGACAAGUCUGGAAACAUCUGGUUCUUCCAAGGUAACAGCUACUGGGUGUUUGAUGCUGAGAGGAAGAUAACUGGUCCGGACUCUGUGCAGAAGUUAGGUCUUCCUGUAAUGGAUAUCCAAGCAGCUCUGAAGUGGGAAGAGGAUCAUGUUGAGAAAGUCUACCUCUUCAAGUCCCAUUCCUACUGGACCUUUAAUGUUCAAGAGAACCGAGUUGAUGACAUCCAUCCUCGCAGCAUCCAUGAGUUGGUAGGAGUGCCCAGCCACAUUGACGGAGCCUUUCUGGACAGAUAUGGCUAUGCCAAUUUUCUGAGUGGGCUGUACUACUGGAAGUUUGAUCCUGUUGGACUGAAGGUGCUGGAGGGCUUCCCUCGAACAAUCGGGAUGGAUUUCUUUGGCUGCUCUGCCUCUCUAUAUAAAUAAGUUAUUCAUUCACAUCCUCAACCUCAUUAGAGUAGUUGAUUUAUCAGAAUAACUCCAGAUCCAACUCUCAGGUCCAGAUUUACUAAACUCUGGUUGUAAAUAGCAUCUACAGGAGUGUCCAUUGCAGAAAGUAACUUCCAAAACUGUUGCAGCUCACCAAAGAGCUCCAGCAGGUAUGUUCAGUAUGUUGUUAAUUCUAAUGUGCACUAUUUUCCUUUGUUUUUAGCUAAUUAAAAACCAGCUAAUGUGGAUUUCUUUAAACAGUCCUUGAAUACAUGGGCAGCAGGGUUAGCCAAGGUUAGCCAACAUUAGCCUCAUAAAAAUGAAUAGUCUAAUAAUAAUAAACUGGAUAAACUACUGAUAAACUACUUUCUAGAUCCUGACUACACACUUUGAAACUUAACAGACAACACUGUAUAAAAAUCCUCCCGUAAUUAUUAAAUGCAGCAGCCUUGUGUUUUUGCUUGUUGCAGCCUGGUGUCUGAAAGAAGGAGAUGCCAAAAAGGAGCAGGUGAUGGAGGUAAAAAGAGUUUAGGUUCAGCAGAGAAGACAGUGUUCUUCCAAGAUGUAGAGGACAGAAACAACCUGAUUAUUUGAUAAAAAAUGGAAGAUCUACUCUUUGGAUUGGGUCUGAAUAAAUAGGGGUCCUAAGACUUCAUGUUUCUGUUCAGCUGAAUUCAGGUUAUUGUUAUAAUUUUGUGGUAAUGAUUUAGGUGACUCAACAUAAAUGAGGAAGAAUCGUUAAAAGAUCUAGAAUCAAAUCCAUAAGGCAGACAUUAACUGAGUGGACAAACAACUCUGUGUGAAGCUUUAAUACUGCAGUACCAACUUUGUUUGAUAGGAGCUAUAUCCCGUUUGGGAUAAGUAACUCCUUAAAAGGACCAUAAGACAGUACACAUGUACAAAUAGCUGUGUCCCAAUUCAGGGUCUACACACGUAGGAGUGCACAGACUACGUAGGUUAUGGGGUGUCCUACGUAGUUCAUGCACUCCGAAACUGCUUACAGUUUGUGAAAUGAAACAGCUUACUUAGCCGAUGAGAAUUUCCCAUUGCAAGAACAUAGGAUGUUGAAUUACUUAAAGUCAGAAAUUCCUAAGUUUUGCUUAUCAUAGAACACUUUAGUGAACGUUAACACCAACCCAGUUGGUUCUAUCUUAUCUUUUUAACCAAAUAAUGUAAAAAAAAAGCUAUCUAAGACUCUGUUGUUUUCUUACACACUGGACCUUUAAAUUUAGAUGAAUGGAUAAUAUCUGUCUUUCUACACACUCUCCUUCUGCUGAUGUUCAACAUCCAUGUGUCCUCAGGUGUUAGUUUAGUCACACACACUUAAAAUAAAAUACAGCAUACCCAAUAGACAUUUUAUAAUGAGGGUAUAAAGGGAGUAUGAAAAGGGACAUGCAGGGAAGCUACUUAAAGCUUAUGAUAGGGACCCAGUCACAGACCCAUUUCAGGGUAUAAUAAUAAUAAUAUCAGCUGUGAAAUAUGAGCAGAAAUUCAUUUAUGAUUAAUUUAAAUAAUCACUUAUUUUGUGCUCUGAACUGGAAACUCCCACAUAACUUACCUUGUUGAACCUUUCUGCUCAGUUCUCUGCCAGAAGUCUGAGAUCUUUAGGGUUCUCUGCAGUAUCUCAGCUGUUCCUAGAAGUGUUCCCAGGACCGUUCCUAGAGCUGUUCCUUGAAUUGUUCCUAGGACUGUUGCUGGGACUGUUUCUAGAACUGUUCCUUGGAGUGUUUCUAGAACUUGUUUCCUAGAAUUGUUCCUUGGUGUGUUCCUAGGACUGUUCCUAGGACUGUUUCUAGAUUUGUUCCUUGGUGUGUUCCUAGGACUGUUCCUAGGACUGUUUCUAGAAUUGUUCCUUGGGCUAUUCCUAGGAUUGGGCCUCAUUCACCAACCAUUCUUAUGAACAAAUUUAUUUUUAAAUCCUACUUACGAACAUUUAACUAUAUUUAUUUCAUUGAAUUAAUCCAAGAACAAGUCGGAUUCAAGACGGAUCUAAUUCUAUUGCUAGUCUUCCUAACACCAUCAGUGGAAAAGACUGCACACAUGCCAGAUCCGUUGCCUCAACCACAAGACUAUUACUCCAUAAAUGUCCAAGUCACCUGUGACUCCCAGAUCCACCUACUGAAUGUGGUCUUUAGUAAUUAAAAUUUACUACAACUGUGUCUUUUUGUUACAAUUAUUUCUUUUAUUAAGAAAUCAAUGUUAUUUCCUGGUUAAUAACACCUAUCAGACUCACCUGGAGGAUUCAUCAGAUGCACUACUUCCUCUGUAGGCGAACCAGAUCUUAAAAUGAUGCCACAGCAGGUGGAAACUGGCUUUACAAACUGUAGAAGGUACAGUAGGCUACAGGCCACAUUCCCAAGGACCUACUGUAUGGAGAGCUUGUAGAGGGUGCACAUCAGACAGGACACCCUCAUCUGUCUGUAAGAAAGACAUGAAACCAUCAAAAAUCAACAUUAGCAUUGGAAUGCCAAGCAGAGGCCCGCGCUGGUGUUUUGCUGUCAGACGGCAUACACAAAGCUGAGGAGACCAGCAACAGAGAAAGGAGAGCUGAAAGGAGAGCUAGUAGGAAGGAAGACCAACUGCAACCUCAACAGGCUUCAGCAGUCAUAUGCAGCAUUUGCAGCAGAGACUAUAAAACCGACUAUUUAGCCAUUUGAAAAGGUGCAGACAGAGAAAAUCCAACCAAAAUUUAGGUUCAUCAGAGGAGACGUGUCCUUUGAUGGUAUUCCCCAUCUUGAUCCAGGGGCUUUCAGUGCAAACUCAGUAUAGAUGUCCCCACAUUAUUCCAGCCACCUGGACAUAAUGUUCCAUGUCUGCCUUACCUGCCUCCAACUUUCAUCCUGCUGCUAUGGAGGUCUCUGGACUGUCUCAGAGACCUCGAUGAACAGCCUCCAGCUGGAGUCCUGUUUGGUGUGGUACACCCUGUCCUAUAUCACCUUUAUCACCAUGAUCAGAGCCUCUGUGCUGUCUUUCAGACCAGACUUUAUUUACACUAAUUGGACUUCAGUCCGCUGGUGUAACAGACCAUGUAGGGACUUAUCAAUCCAUGAUGGUUCCCGCUCUUCUUCUUUGUCUUCCAUGCUUCCUUCCUCUUACUGUCCAGUCUCGGUGUUGACCUUGGGCAGAAACCAUCUGUGCAUCUUGAGGAACUUUCUAGUCUUUAUCACUGUCUUUCAUCUCCUCCUUUUGUCAGUGUGUUAUACCAGCUGGUAUCUAAUGACUGACAGGACAGGUGUGUUGAUGACUCAGAUUUUCUCUUCCCAUUAAAGCUAUGUUCAGGUGUGGAAACAGUGGCAUCAACUAGAGAAAGGAUUCAACGUCCGCACGAAACCGCUGUAGUACAUACUACAAGGCUGUGGGAGGGGGGGUAUUACGAUGAGUAAAGGGUAACACUCCAGAGCUAGUAGCACAUGCGCAGAUAAUGACAUAUCUGCUUCCCGCUGUUGAUGGUGCAGCAUUUUGGUGCUAAAGGUGUACACAAGCCAGGACUGUCUGGAGCAGCACCACAACACAAUUGGUCACGGACGCCAUUAUUGUUGUUGUGUUUGGCACAUGUUCGUCACAUUGACGUCAUAUCCUCCAGUGGUAGCGCUGUCCUCACAGUACCACAGACGGUGGAGGUUUCAAACCUAUCCACCUUAGUACCUGGUUUCAGACACGAUCGGUUUCAUGGAGGCUAAUCCCUGGUUUCGUGGGGAUGAAAGGGUGGUUUGUUAAAAUACUUUUGAGUUUUCACUGCAAUUUGGUGUCAUGGGGACGGCCCCUAAGCUGACUCUUACACAUACACAUCUACACAUUCUCUGAAAAUGGGAUGAAAUACUCAUAUAAAGGAUGCAGAAAAUAGAGAGAAGACUCCAUAUGCACAUGUGUAUUUAAUGUAGAGCAAACCUGAGUAUUUACUCUCUGUAGGUACUGGCUGUGGCUGACUUCCUUGCAGCCUCUUCAUGGUUAUCUUUAACCUGUGGAACUCCAAGGUGUUUGUAUCUGUCUUGAACAUCUGCUAUGUUUCUUUCUGGUAGUUCAGUUCCUUCAGCUGUGAUCAUCUUACCUCAUUCGUCUGCAUUUAUUCUGUCUGAGUGACAUUCUGAUGUCCUUGCUGUAUAUUCUGGUAAUGUGUGUCAGUGCGUUGAUGUCUCCUCAGUCCUGGUAUAAAUCUUGAUGUCACCCAUGUAAUGGCGGAGGCUGAUGGUUUCUCUUCUACAGAAUCAAUACCCAUAGUCACUUUUUAUAAUGAUCUCAAUGAGGGAGUUCGGGCCUGCAGAACAGCAGCAGGGACAGAUCAUCUCUUUGGUAGGUGGCUGUCGUGAUGGGAGUGUUGUACAGUUUACUUUCAGCUGGCCUCCAGAGUUGUCUCCUUCAGUGCCACUGAGUUCUCGGUGAAGGCUUUCAGUGUCCUGUUGAUGUACAGAUAUAAUCAUUCUACUCUAGUAUCCAUGUGUCCAUAGGCAUUAUGUCACAGGCUAUUGAAGCCAGGUGGUGCAUAGAUUCAUAUGUGUGAUCUUUUUCUGCCAUGUGACAGCUUUGUCCAUCAGCAGCUGGUGUUUAUUUCUCAUCUGGUGUUACUUCUGGGUACCUUUCUGAGCCUAGAAUGAAUGAGGCUGGGUGUUAUUUGACUGAUAGUUAAAGUUGCUAUUUAAGGUUCUGUUGUUAAGGUAAACAAGUACCUGAAAUUAUCUAAAUCAUUCAUUCAUUCAUUUUCUGAACCGCUUGGUCCAUUACCGGUCGCGGGUAAGCUGGAGCCUAUCCCAGCAUUAACAGGUGAGAGGCAGGUACACCCUGGACAGGUCACCAGU